AUGCUCACAAUGAGAGAAUUAUAGGAGUUACGUCAAUUAAAUGACGACAGGAAAGCAUUGACAGAUAGAUAUGGGGUGGGAUUCAGUCAACCACUUUCGGCUAGAAAUGAAUAUAAUGGCAAGUAGACUUUGAGUGCAUGGGAUCCAAUUACAAAUAAGCCUUAAACACUUGUAAUGAAUAAUGGAUCUGAUCCCAUUGUUCUAGAUCACAAUGUACCCAGACAAGAAAUCACAAAAAAUAUUGUAUUUUAGAAGGGUUUCCCUUUUUAAAGUAAUUAACCUACAAAUAGGAAUUAUUAAAACUAAAUUUAAGAUAUGCCAACAUCUAUUUCAAAGAUCUAAACUUCAAUAUCUAUGCCAUAAAAUUACAUGCAUGAAUAUCAUCAUAGACAAAGACCUUAUUAACUCAAAAGUGUGGAGGAGAUUUUAAGACCUUGGAAAGCAAAGGAGAUAAUGUAUAACAGAGAAAUACAACAUUUAUAAGAACAACUUAACAGAGGGAAUUAUACAAUGACAGAUAAAAGGACAUUGAAGGUAGAUAAUGUGGGUAAAAAAUUAGAGUUAGAAAAUGAUGUUCAAAAACUUGAAGCUAUUCUAAAAAAUAAAGAUGAAGAAAUUACUAGAUUAAAAAUUAGAAGUUAAGAAUUAGAAGAGAAAUAUAUUGAAAUAACUGAAGAAAAUUCAACAGAACUUAAUAAAUAUCAAAAGGAAUUAGAAGAAUGGAAAAAAAAGUUUAAAGAACUCAACAACUUAUAUCAUGAAUGCGAAGAAGAAUGUACCAUGAAAGAAACUGAAAUUGAAAGUUUAAAAAAAAGAAAAAUGUAAGUGGUUAAAACAUAAACAGUUUAAAAAGUUGGAAGUAAACCAUAAAAGAACAUGGAUAGUCCAAGAGCUAUAAUUUCUACUGUAAGCGACAAAGAUUCAGAUUAUUAUUGA